UUAUUAGCCAGCCCAGCACGGCUGCGUCCAUCCUUCACUCUUAUCCUUCCAUUUCCCAACAAAAAGCAAAGCAACCCAUUUUCCCUCUCCCAUCGCUUAACCCGUGACAAGGAGAAAAAAAACGAAAAACCAAGUGAGGAGAAAAUGAGAGAAAUCUUGCACAUCCAAGGAGGUCAAUGUGGGAACCAGAUCGGGGCUAAGUUCUGGGAAGUGAUAUGCGACGAGCAUGGAAUUGACAACACUGGAAAGUAUAGCGGUGACUCCGAACUGCAGCUGGAGCGUAUCAAUGUCUACUACAAUGAAGCCAGUGGUGGGAGGUAUGUCCCCCGCGCUGUUCUCAUGGAUCUUGAACCGGGCACUAUGGACUCCGUCAGAUCUGGUCCUUUUGGACAGAUCUUUAGGCCUGAUAACUUCGUCUUCGGGCAGUCUGGUGCUGGGAACAACUGGGCCAAGGGUCAUUACACAGAGGGAGCUGAGCUCAUUGAUUCUGUUCUUGACGUUGUCAGAAAAGAAGCUGAGAAUUGUGAUUGUUUGCAGGGAUUUCAAGUUUGUCAUUCUUUGGGUGGAGGUACUGGAUCCGGAAUGGGUACCCUUCUUAUUUCCAAGAUUAGGGAGGAGUAUCCAGAUCGCAUGAUGUUGACAUUUUCGGUGUUCCCUUCUCCUAAGGUAUCUGAUACAGUUGUUGAGCCAUACAAUGCUACCCUUUCCGUUCAUCAGCUUGUUGAGAAUGCCGAUGAAUGCAUGGUGUUGGACAACGAGGCUCUGUAUGACAUCUGCUUCCGAACUCUCAAGCUGGCCACUCCCACCUUUGGUGAUCUUAACCACCUCAUCUCUGCUACCAUGAGUGGUGUCACAUGCUGUCUGCGGUUCCCUGGACAGCUGAACUCUGAUCUCCGCAAGCUUGCUGUGAACCUUAUUCCCUUCCCACGACUACACUUCUUCAUGGUUGGAUUUGCACCCUUGACAUCCAGAGGAUCACAGCAGUACCGGGCCUUGACUGUGCCUGAACUGACUCAGCAGAUGUGGGAUGCCAAAAACAUGAUGUGUGCUGCUGACCCACGCCAUGGCCGUUACCUAACUGCUUCUGCAAUGUUCCGUGGUAAGAUGAGCACUAAGGAGGUUGAUGAACAAAUGAUUAAUGUCCAGAACAAGAACUCAUCAUACUUUGUUGAGUGGAUCCCAAACAAUGUCAAGUCUAGUGUGUGUGACAUCCCACCAAAGGGUCUGAAAAUGGCAUCCACUUUCAUUGGAAAUUCAACUUCAAUCCAGGAGAUGUUUAGGAGGGUUAGCGAGCAGUUUACAGCAAUGUUCAGGAGGAAGGCUUUCUUGCACUGGUACACUGGUGAGGGAAUGGAUGAGAUGGAGUUUACUGAAGCUGAGAGUAACAUGAAUGAUUUAGUUGCUGAGUACCAGCAAUACCAGGAUGCCACUGCAGACGAUGAGUACGAGGAGGAGGAGGAGGAAGAAGAGGAAGUUCCAGCUUGAGGGGAGGAGUCUCUAUAAGCUUACAGUUGGUCUGAAAUUUGUAUCUAUGUUGGCUGGCUCUAGCUGGCUGAUGUUUAUGUUGUUGAGAUGUCAAAUUUGGAUUGACAUGAUGUGUAUGUUUGUGGCUCCUAUUUGAGAUUAUGCUAUUACUUUUAAAUCUUGAAUGGAUCGAUGCUUGUAUUUAGUAGAAUUCUGGAAGAUUGAAGGUAAUAGUCUAAAUUUUCUUUUAUCCUAGGUGUGCAUGGAAUUCAUAUGAAGUAGUUUUUCUA